GUAUGUCAGAGAGCGUGCGCCGUGGCACCCCUUUGGUGCUCUGGCCUUCACCUUGAACUUGUGUUCGGAUCCUCACGUCGAUUCACACAACGAGCCUUCAUCAAGCAAUCUUGUCAUGGCCUUGUCAACUUUCACCAAAGGAGGCUUGUGGGUGGCUGACGAUGAUGGUGAUGCUGCAAAAAUGGUUCAGGGCAACAAGGUGAUGGGCACAGUACUUGAUUUCAAGAAAGGGGCGAUCCACUUCCGCCCGCAGUGCUUGCAUGCCACCGAGAGGUGGGAAGGUGAUCGAGCUGUGCUCGUUGCUUACAUGCCGAGGAGCAUGGAGAAGCUUGACUCGUCGGACCGUGGCAUUCUUGAUGAACUAGGAUUUGUGCUCUCCACCCAGCCCGUCGCGAAGCAGUGUGUUGAACCAGUCCAGUUUUCACUUGAGUGUGGUGUUCGGUGGUCUCCUGAAGAGUUUGUUGCCGAGGCUUGCCGUGCGGAGCAUCCCAGCAGCCUUUCCAACUUGUUGCCAGAUGAGCUGCAGGCUGCAAUCAACAAGAACUUCGGGAUGAGCGAGCAAGCUCUGGGUCAGCACAGAACAGAAGUUAUCCGCAAGUGGAUCGCAAAGGCAAACGAUCUUGUUGCCGAGGAGGACUUGCUCAAAGCGGGCAUGUCCGAGAACAGGCGCAUCAUCUUGUCGCAGAAACGCUUGCUUUUGUUUAAGGCGCUGCUUGAAGAAGCCGGCCACACUGACCUGAACCUGGUCGACGACUUGGUAAACGGGUUUGAUCUGGUGGGACGUCUGCCCGAAAGUGGUUUCUUUAAAAAGAAGUUUAGGCCUGCGUCCAUGCUUGAAGCUGACUUGCGUAGUGGUGCAUCCCGUGCUUGCAGCGCCACCCUCGCUACUGUGGGGCCGGCUGACGAUCCGGUCAUAGAUGCGGGGGUGCUUGCGGCGACUUUGAAAGAAGUUGAGGCUGGGUUUGUGGAAGGCCCGGUCGCUGCUUCAGACAUGCCUCAGGGUGCCACCUUGACGCGACGAUUCGGUGUGAUCCAGGGCGAAGUCGAUGGUGUGCCUAAGGUUCGCCCGAUUGACAACUAUCGUGCAUCGCGGGUGAAUGCAGCUGUCACCCAGACUGAGCAAGUCACCGUGCAUACGCUAGAUGUGGUGGCUGGAAUGGCAUCGGCCUGGCUGGCACGUGCUCGGAAAAGAUUGCAGCAGGCUUCCAUGGCAGCAAAGACGUGGGAUCUGAAAACAGCCUACAAGCAGUUGCCGCUCAGUGAUGCUGCUUAUGCUAGAGAUGGCUACUUCGUCAUACACGACCCGCGCGUGGGCAAAGCAUCCAUCUUUAAGCAGCGAGCCUUGCCUUUCGGGUCCC